CAUUUAUGAUAUCCGCAGGUCUUACAAGGGAAAAACGCGAUUGUGCGCUAAAAACAUUCAAAGGCUUCGCGGUUCUUUGUACCCCGAGCUACCCCGAUAAGUUCCGAACCCAACAGAGACAGACUAUUAUUUGCUGACAUGGCGACUUGAAGUGUUGUGGUGUGUUUAGUUAUCCUGUUUGGGGAUUUAACCCUUUUGUUUUUAAUGGUGACACUGUCAAAAGUGUAAUCCAGAAAUAGUAAUCCCCUUACAUUGCCAAUGUCAAGCCAACCCUAUCGAUACCCGCAACAAAUACCGUAUCUAAAACCUGGAAUAGCAGCACCUGCGCCAGCCAUGUCUUCCCAACGUUUUUGUCUCAGAUGGAACAACCAUCAAUCCAAUUUACUCUCAGUAUUCGAUCAGUUACUCCACGAUGAAAGUUUCGUUGAUGUAACUCUCGCAGUGGAAGGACAAUUGCUCAAAGCCCAUAAAAUGGUACUAUCAGCAUGCAGUCCGUACUUCCAAGCACUGUUUAUCAAUCAUCCUGAUAAACAUCCAAUUGUGAUAUUAAAAGACGUCCCGUAUAACGAUAUGAGAUGUCUGUUAGAUUUCAUGUAUCGAGGUGAAGUUAGUGUCGACCAAGAUAGGCUGACUGCAUUUUUAAGAGUUGCUGAAAGUCUAAGAAUAAAAGGUCUAACGGAAGUAAAUGAAGAAAAAUGUGAUACAAUUGCUUCCUCGCUCACACAACAAAAUUUACAAAAUUUGCCAAAUUUACAAAGAUUGCAACAAAGUAAAAGGUUUGGCAAUCAUUUAAAUAUGUUAGGUAACGCUUUACUACAACCUAAAAGGAAAAGGGGUAGGCCUCGGAAACUCUCUGGAUGUUCUAAUGGACCUGAUGAUUAUGACAAGGAUAUUGUACAAGGUAGUCCGGAAAUGUUGGAAGUUAAGAUGGGAAUGGAUAAUUUUGCGGGCAAUAAUUCAGAUACAAGUGUUGGAAAGAACGAAGGUGAUUUGGAUGAAGAAAAAGUAAAAACGGAACCAGAACCUGUAGCCGGAUCCUCCAACGAUCAGUCAAUGUAUAAUAAUAAACUUAACGAAGACUUCCAUCCUUCCGACUUAUUGGCCCAGAAGCUUUUGACGCCCAAAACGGAACUGAAUGAAAACGCAGAAAGUUCCAAUUCAGACCCCUCAAAUCAGCUCUCAAACACUCCCGAAUCAUCUCGAAUUAGUACUCCUGACAAUUUUCUAAAUAACAAUAAUAAUAUGACACCCUCCACUAGUUCAACUUCCCUACCAAAUAUGUCGAAUCUUCCGCAGAACUUGUCGAAUUCAAUGGGAGCUCCAUCUACCGGUAGGCAACCGUCCAAAAGAAGAGUAAGGCGUAGGGCGACAUCUCAAAGUCAGGAUCCCGCAGAAGCACUCACCGAAAUGUCUGUAAGGGGGUUAAAUUUAUUUAGAUAUGCAUCGAUAAAUGAGGGAGUAUAUCAGUGCACUGAAUGUGCUAAAGUUGACGUACAAAAGACAUUUAAGAACAAAUACAGCUUCCAGCGACACGCAUUCUUAUAUCACGAAGGUCACCAAAGAAAAGUUUUCCCUUGUCCAGUUUGCCAGAAAGAGUUUUCAAGGCCCGACAAGAUGAAGAAUCAUAUGAAGACGGUACACGAUUGUUUUAUGCCAAAAGACGUCGUUUUUCCACCAAUGGGAUUCUUUCCAACAAUGUAAAGCUAACAGCAUAAAAAAGAAUUGAUUUCGUACUUGGUGCUUCUUUGUAAAAGUAAAGCAAUCUUUAUUUAAUCAUAUAGAGUACAAUUUUUUUAAACAUGUGAUUAACCAAUGGUGGUUAAAAAUAACCUGAAAGGUUUUAUUUUAGUAAUUUUACAACUGCUAAGCAGUGAUUAUCGAAGAUAAAGGUAGUUUCAUUGGUAAACUGUUAUAUGUUAAAAAAAAACGAAUUUUCAAUUCAAAAUAUCUAUUUUUAUACAUAUAUUUUCAUAUAUUAUUCUAAUUUUUCCAUUACGUUUGUAAGCUACACUGAACAAAUUGUAUAUUUCUUACAUAAUAAUAUGUAAUACACGAGAAUAUUGAAUAUUACAAAGAAACUUGGUUACGUUUUUUUUAAAAUUUACUAAUAAGCUGGUAUUACUAGUGGUUUUAAAAAUAAAUAACAUUAACGAAGUUGUUAAAAAGUAUAUAAGAAUACUUUUUGUAACCAAGAUUUAAUCAUUUAAGGUGUUAAAUUAAUUGUGAAACUAAAGUUCAUUGCAACACUUGUUACAUUACCUUCAUAAUAUCAUUCUAUUUCUUUACCAUUCUAUUUAUCCUCUGCAAGGUUAUCACUAUUACUAAAGAUGGUGGAGACAUGUCAGUCUUAAUUGCCUUUGUAGCGCUCACCCAUUGAAGCUUUUCAGAAUUGGAUAAUUCUCCGGGUAUCGCUGGAUCUGAAGCAAAGCUCCUUGCAUGAUUGUUUUUAUAAGAUAUGUUGGCGAAAUAGAAAUCAGAUCUCUCCAUAAAAAGUUCAACUUUGUCCAUGGCAGUUCUACUCAAUUUCUAUUUGUCAUCGUAAAGAAUGCACCUUAUGAAUUGUGUAUAAAUGUUAAUAUAACAAUAACGACGAGAAUAUAUACAGAAUAUUUAAAUUAAUCUAUACAACAACAUAUAUUUUGGAACCUAUCGGUUAUGUUCUUAUGAAAAAUUUAUAUACUGUUUCACUUAAACUUUUUUCAGUUUUCUACGACUAGCAGUUACACCAGGUGUGAAUCACUAUUUGUAAAUGAAAAAACUUUGUUAUAUUUGCGUUUUUAGAAUCUAUGAUAAAUUGGAAUAUCUUAAUAUAUGUCGAAAAGGUUCCAUUUGUCAGUUAUUUGAAAACAUGAAAAGGCAAUUCUAAUAUUACCAAACUUUUACCCAAAGCUUCUUAAAUUUUUACUAAUUUUUCAAAUAUUUAGCGUGUAAUUCUCUAGAUUCAAAUAGCAACGUUACAAGACUUUACACUAAAAAUAGGAGGCUGAAGCUUGUACCUUUAUGUUUAAAUUAAAUGGUUUAUAUAGAAACUUGGAAAAAUUGAAAUUUCCAUGUGAUUAACAGAUAUAUCGGUUUUGUUUCUUAUUAAUUUUUCUUGAAGAUCAAUCAAAUAUCUGUUAUAACUACAAAGAAAUUUUAGUGUUUCCAAAUUUCUGCAAAACAAAAACUGUUUAAUUUAGAUAUAGUUUUGCAGGCAUACUUUGCAUACACGGGAAUGCCAUUUUCGAAAAUAACUGAAUUUGCAGCUGAUUUUUGAGCUCGUCGUAUAACUUUACGAAAGUUAAAUACAUUCACAUUCAUCAUAGAUUCUGGAAAUGCAAAAUAGGAUUCAAUCUAAUAAAAUCAAACUUGGAUGUGAUAUAACAGAAAGUUUAGAUAAUAGAAUAUAUUUUGACACGGAAACAUAUAUAGUUUUCCAAUGAGACAACCCCUAUAUUUUUUUAACAGCAACAAUAUGCUAGUUUUGUUAAUAAAAGUUUUAUUUUAGUUUUUCAGGUUGGAUAGUUUUUAGGGGUUUUGCAAAUAUAUUUAGAAUAAUGUUUACUUGGUAAUUUUUGUUUAUAACAAAUCGUUUUUUAAAAACAAUAACAAUUGUAGAGAUGUUUAUAUAGAUAGAAACUUUUUUUUUAAGUAUUGACUUCACAAAGUAGACAAUAUUAUAUAUUUUAUAUAUAGAUAUAUAUAUAUAUAUAAAACAGCCGCAGGCGCACAUACAAAAUAUAUAAAAAUGUAUAAUUUAGUUGAUUUUAUUAAAUAUUUAGUUUAGGUGUUGGGACAAUGAGAAACAAUAAAUAGUUUUUAAUUUAAAUUUUACAAUGCCAUUGUAAAUCCACAAUAUAUUUAUUUAUAAUGCUGUUAGCUUAACUGACAUAUCCUGAAACAACAAUAGUAUCACUAAAUUAAUCCAUUAACUCGAAAUCAUAUACAAAAAGUGAAAUUGAAAAAUAAUUUUAAAAUCACAAAUUAUCAUUUAACAUAGUGAUUAUCUAAUUUUUUCUUCGACAUUUGCUUUUUAUCUUUUAGUUUAAAAUGUGUAGUAUUGUUGGAAUGAUUUUUCAAAUACAAAUCGAAUCUUUAAGGUAUAUAAAUACAAAUUUUCUUUCCCAAUUUUAAAAAUAUUUUUUAACUUUAUAUAUAUAUAGACCCCAAACUCAUUCGAAUGAGUUUCUUCCGAUCUUGCGGAGCUCUUUUGAUCCUUUUUCCCUGUGGAUAAAUCCUUAUUUUUUCUUGCUUUUCCUCUUUAAGUCAUCUCAUCGAUAUAUGGUUUUGUCAAGAAAGUUCAUUUCUAUUUAGUUUGUCUCUUCUUAAUUGUAAUUUGGGCUAAAGUACAUCUAGACAUCAAAAAAGAGUUCAUCUAUCACAUUGAAAUUGUCAUUGUUACUUGUAUUUAGUUUUUAUUUUGUUUAUUGAUGUAUACUUCUAACGAUCGAAUAUAAGACUGGUCACAUAUUCUCGACUACCUUGACUUAGAGAGAUCACUUCCUAUAUAUAGGGGUGGAAGAUGCAAUCCUCACAUAUUAUAUUCUGCAGGAAUUUUGUACAGUACUUUUUCAAUUUUACUCACUUAAUCCUGAAGCCUUUAUAUCUUUUCGGGUGUAAGGCAUGCUGGAGUUGAGUCAUUACGUGGGCACCCUGAUCCACAGUAGCUCCAAUAUUUUCCUAUCUUGUAUCUCUUGUUUUAUUUCCUUCCAUCUUAUAUAUCUUAUAUCUUCCUUAUUAAUCACUCUUCUGUAAUUCUCAUAACAUAGUCACUUUUUCAAUCCUAAUCACAUAGGAAAUAAUUCGGUUCAUUAAUUGAGUCUACAAAUUAUGAUGUUACCUCUGUGAUAUUGGCGACUUUAUAUACACAGGGUAUAUAGAAACUUUACUGUUUAAUGGGGUAUUAAAUGUGAUUUAGUUACAUCUCACCAAACAGACUUGUAUACAAAAGUAGUAAGUGCAUUUUCCAGAAGAGUUUCAGGGCAUACUGUACAUAUCUCAAAGGUCCAGUUUUGAUUAUAUUUCUCCACUUCUAUCUUCUAUGUUUUUAUAUUAUAAGCAAGUUGAAUACUUGACAAUUGCAUUUGGGGUCUACCUCUUUCCGUUGAUUUCCUUAUCUUCAUUGUAUCAAUAUCUUAUUUUAUCAAUCGUUGCUUCAUCCUGAAUUUUCACUUUUCUACCAAAUGUUUGUUCUCUUGUCAGUCAGUUAGAAUAUAAAAUUUGUUCUUGUUUUCUCAAAUUAUAUUCAAUAGCUUUGAAACUAUGCCAAUUCAUAUUCGGAUGAAAAUUUUUGGUAGAGUGAAUUUUGUACUACUUGAAGUGUGGAUCAAUAAGGAUGUGAACUAUUUCUAAUUGAAUAAAUUUCCGAUGCUAUCAAAAACAAUCGUUCUUAUUUUUUUCUUGUUGACUUUUUACUUUGCAAAAGAAAUAUAUCUUUAUUGUAUAUAAUAUAUAGACCCACUUUGAUUUUCUGUUGGUGAAUAUACUGUCUGUUGUUUCAAUAUUAAUUUUGUUACAUUAUAUUCUAUGGCAAAGUGCCUUUUAUAUAACUUUGUACAAACUUAGAUAUAAAAUAUCUAUUUAUCCUGGUCUGAUCAUAUCUGCUGUAAGGGAUUUUAUAGUAUGGAUUGCGCAACACCGUAGAAAAAAUGACACAAUUUUUCAGCAUAAAUUAAUAUUUGAUAAAUAGUUUUUUUGAAAAUUAUUGAUUGUUUUUAAUGUAUGUAGCAAUUGAGUAUACAAAAUGAAUCGUUUGGAGAGUGGCGAUAAUUAUUAACUAACCACUUUAUCAAUGUUGAAUAGCUGCAUCUAGAUUAUUUUAGAAUUGCAAAAGUUGUUGUGUGAAUAAAUUCAAUUUUCAUUUUUGAAAAUAUAAUUUGUUAUUACAAAAUAUUAGCAAUAUUCCAUUAAAAAACUAGCUUAAUCUCUUUAGUUGGAUUUUUUGGAACUGAUUAUGAUAUUCAUACUGAACAUACUGCAUACACUACCAUUACCCCUACAUCCACAAUUAGAUGUCUGACGCGCGUUUUGAUAACCAAGAUAUCGUCUUUAGAGACUGAAGAGAAAAUAUAAAUAAUUUACCCUCAGUCUCUGAAGACGAUAAUUUGGUUGUCGAAACGCUCGUCAUGCAGUGUAAUUGUGAGAGUUUGUGUAGUUCAGUAUAGCUUAAUCUCACUUAAAACUCACUAAGUAAAUUUUGGGUGUUUUGCAAAUUACUCCAUAAGAGUUUCUGUAUUAUGGAAAAAUAUUUUAUUAUUGAAAUUACAAGUUGAAAACUGUAAAUAAGAUAAAACUAUGAAGAAUACGUGCAGUGGUUGUUUUUACUUGGAAAAAUUUUAGACAAAUGUAGUAAAACCGUUUCUACAUCUCAUAAUAAAUUGCAAAAAUUACAAAAAAAUAAAGAUUAAGAAAGUACAUAGUUUUUGCGUAUAUUUCAGAACAUUUUAAUAAACAAGAGAUUUCAGGAAAAUUAUCUCAAUACAGGGAAAGUUUCCUUUCCUAAAACUAUUUUAUUUAUAGUUUCAAUUUAACGUUGAAUGUCAAUUUAAGGAUAUGGAGCCAAGAAUAUCAUUACACAAAAUAAUGUUUUCAAAUUAUUAAAUAUUAAUGUGGAAAUUUUAGAGAGUUAUAGUGUAUUACGAACAAUUCCAAGAUUUUAUUCUGGAUGGAAAGUUUUUUCAAAAUUAAAAUAAAUAUUUGUAGUGCUUUUUAAUGUAUCAUUAGAGAAUUUUAUAAUAUUUUCAACAAUUUUUUAAAUUAAUAAAAAAUUAAACAUAGAAAUAACAUGCUUUUAAAUUCACCGUUUUUGUAUUAAAGAAUGAAAUUUUCCCGAAAUAUGUUUAUAAAUUGAUGAUAAACAAAUUGACCCCCUUAAGAUUUUUGAAAUUUUUUGUUAUAUUAUUUUGUUGAAAUUUGUGAUUUGAAGAACAUUUCUAAUUGUUUAAUUUCCAAAUUUUUCUAAUGUUUAUAAAGAUAAGUUGAAUAUAUUUUUUUCUUAAAAAAUUAUUAUUGUUUGUCCUAUAUGUAAUUAUGAAAACAAAUCUUUAUUAACAAUGUCAUUGUUUAUUGACUUUUUUCACACUCUUGUUUAAAACUACUGAUAAUUAGGAAAAUAAUAUUUUCAAAUUUGAAAAGAGUUAUUUUCUAUUUAUUUUAAAAAAACUUUUUAUUUCAAAUUGUGCUUUCUUAAUUAUUUAUAGCUUAAAAGAAUAUAACAAGGUUGUUAAAUUGUUCACAACAAUUGUUUCGUCAAUAAAAAAUCACAUUGUUAGUGAAUUAUUUUUACAGAGAACAUUUCAUUACAAUUUUAGAAAGAAGAAACAAUUCUCUAAUCAUAUCACCAUCUUUUUUGUCUACAAACCUUUCGAGAAUGCAGAAAUUUCUUAUCAAAAUCAAUUCUUUGUACAUACUAAUAAGCGUCUUUCUUUAAUAUAAAACAGUGAUACGUUAACAAUAUUUGAAAAAGACAAAGGAAAACUUUUUGUCUUUGUUUUAAGUUAUUUUUUUAAGUAACUGUGGUUUAUAAUCUGUCAAAAUAAAAAUGAAAUAAUUCUUAAUCAAACACAGACUGUUGUUGGUGAAUAAACACACCAUAGCGAUAUGCAUAUUGCAAAUAAUGUAACGGCAAUGAAACUAUAAAAAUUGUAUGAUAUGAACAUCAAACUUUUAACUAUCUUCCUUUAGGUGUAUUAUGCUCGUUGUUGAUUUUUAAAUCUAUAAUACUAACUAAAAUCUCGAAACUAAGAGCUCCUAGUGGUUAAAUCUAGACACUUUCAAUUCCUAAGGUAUGAAAUUUGGGAUAAGAAACUAUAUUAAACUCCAUUUUUAAAAAAGAUUUGAUGUGUUAUGCUGUGAAGAUUUAUUAACAGCAAAUGAACAUAGUAUGCUGUGCAUGUAUAUUUAGGAUAAACAAUUUCAUAUAUUUAUACAAAUGCGGUGGUUUUAUAAAAGUAAUAUAAAAGUAAUAGAACAUUUCUAAAACACCCUGAAGAUGGUCAUAAAAAGCAAAUUAAAAAACAACUUUUAGUAUACUCCAAGUUUACACUAUUUUCGUUAAAAAGUGUUGUAACACAGUUUUAAUAAUUUGAAAUUGGAUCGUUAUAUAUUAAAGAGAAUAUGAAUUUAAUCACAAUUUAUGAAUAAUAAAAGUAAAUGAUCACCAUUCAUUCUGAAUUACGAAAGAGAAAUGUCCUGCCGCUGGCACUAGGAUGAACUAACCAGACAUCUAUUACCACCGCCCACAAUGUAACUGUUUUUAAACAAAGGUGGCAUCGUGGGCAGACAACCUUACGGUCCAUCUUUUCUAUGUUCAUUUUAUUCCUAAAUUAUACAAUGAGCAGCUAUUCCUCUUAAUUCCUUAUUACUUAACUGUUUUUAAAAUUUUUACCAAAAAACAAAACAUCUUUAUUAGUUGAUAACUUUUGCAAUUAUUCAUGUUCUUGAACAACGUUUUAAUACAUUUUUCUAGAUAUUAUUUCGGAUUGUAUGAGCUACUGUAUUCUUACGAGCUUCAUUUUUCUUAAAGAAUGAUUUUUGUUAUAAAAAAAAUCAUUAAUUUAGAAAUUUUUAUGUUUGUCUGAGGAACGUUUUCAUUACUAUAAAUGUAUGUUGAAAAUUAUCAGACUUCUGGAACCGUUUAUUAAAUUUCACAGCAAAAACAAUCAACAGUUUCUAAAAUUUUUGCAAAAAAAACAAAACAUCUUUAUUAGUUUAUAACUUUUGCAAUUAUUUAUAUGCUUGAAAACAGUUUCAAUACGUUUUCCUAGACAUUAUUUUGGAUUGUAUGAGCUAUUGUAUUACGAGCUUAAUUUUUUUUAAACGUGAUAACUGUACUAUAUAUGCCAUAAAAUGAUUUUUGUUUUAAAAAAAUCUUUAAUUUAUCGAUUUCUAUAUGUUUGUGUGAGGAACUUUUUCAUUACUAUAAAUAUACAGGUGCAACUAUCACAAAUCUGGAACCGUUUAUAAAUUUUACAGCAAUAACAAUUUUCACUCCCACUACUCCAACGGUACAUUUCUUCCACUAUCUGAUACACGUUCCAUUACUAUAUUAUUGUCUUUAGUAACAAAACGGAUUAACGUACACCAGGUAGUGAAAUAGUGUUGAUUCCGCGCAAUUAUCUAUGUAAUGAUAGCGAACUGUAAGAAAUAAUGACAAUAAGACAUUUUAUUUAAUAUUUAAUUGUUUAUAAUGAUAAGCUUAUUAAUAAUGUUGUAAUAUACAGUUGAUUUUGUAUAACGUAGUUUUCAAAGAAUACUUUUAACAUUCAUUAAAUAUUUAAAUUUGAUUAAAAAUCAAGUGAAUGUUAUUCUAGUCAAUACCAACUAAUCCAAAAAAAGCUAUAUACUUAUUCCCCGCAAAACAAAAACAUAAAUUUCAUAAAAAAAGAUGAAUUGUUUUUAAAGUACAGCCUAUUCGGAACCCAAAGGAUCGAAAUUUAUAGAAUUUUAAUAUUCCAUCAUAUCAAUAUUACGUCGGCAGAUCAAUAAGUCCGUCACUUUUUUAAUAAAACAGGUUUUUAAUAUAUUUAACAUUUUUUUGGUUCUAUACAGUCUGUCAAAGAUAUUUUUUCCAAAUGAGAAAAUUUGUCCUGGUAAUCAAAAUAUGUAUCUGUGAUAUAUCACUAAUAAUCACAAUCUCUUUCUGUCGAGAAAUUCCUUCAGAUUUAGAUAUAAGUUAUUCGGAGCUGAAUCCAGAGAAUAGAUGAAGGAGUACUUCCUAGCCUAAUUCAUGGAUCAAGUCAUUUGUCAAUCGAUUGUUUCAAUCUUUUGUAUUAAUAUACAAUGACUUUAUUGACUGACAACCCAUUUGUUUUACCUGCUUAUAUAUUAUGUAUCGUGGUAGGUCCACGAUUUAAAAAAAAGGAAAACCUCUUCUAUAUUAUGGUUACGUGUGUGAACUACUCAUAUUGUGGAAAGUUUUCUUAUACUAUUAAGCCUUGUGAGAAGCCUAUGGCUUCCACAAUCCCUAGAACUUUCAAUUUCCAAUCAACCUGCACCAUAUCUUGAAUUUCUUCAAUUGCUUUGAGUAUAAACACCUCAACAUCCAGCCACAAUUGAAUUCAGCGAACCAUUUUUUUUUCAUUUAAAUUCAUGUAGAGUUCCCAUAAUUUUACUGAACUUUGAUGUGAAAAAUUACAAACCAGUCAUUUAACGAUCAACCUUCGUAUAUUCAGGGUCCAUACUCAAUUUUUGUUUCACUAAAAAUUGUACAUCGUUUGACAAAAAAUAAUUUUUUCUUUGGGAAAACGAGUGAUAGUUUAAAAUUUAAUUGUAUAACCUUCGGCUUAUAGAUCAGAUCCUGGAUUAAAAAAAUAAAUUACGCAAUAGUUUAGAAUCACCGUGUGAUAGUUUUUGUUUUUCUUUUUAAUUUUUUUUUUGUUUAACGUUUGUUAGGCCGAGGCCAGUCUUAUCAACGUUCUUCCAUUUAAGAUCGUAACUACAAAUCUUACAAGACUAGUUGCAAUCUUUGUUAGUAAGAAUAGUUAAUCCUAAGUGCAAUUAAUAUAGAAAUUUAUAUACUAACGUUAUUAGUAUUAAGGUUUCAGAAUUUGAAUAACUUUAUUUGGCAAAUUUUGAAUUUGCUCCAUUUGUAUUAUAUCUCACACUGUGCCUGUUUUUGAUGGGAAGAUAUCUAAAAAGCACAAAUAAAAGACAUCUUUUUGGAUCUUUUUAUGUUAUUGCUGAGUAAAAUUUAUGUUCAAAUAUUGACAAGAAGAAAAAUAUAAAUCAUUCAAAGAGGCAAAUAGACAAGUGAUGAGUAUGGAGGUUUUGAAAGAAUUAUUAUAUUUUUUCUGUUUCCCUUUUUUCAUAUAUUACACUUCCUAUGUUCAACAUAUAAUAUUGAUCUGUUUAAUUUCGAAAUUUUUGACUUCAUUUAACAACUCUGUAUUAAAUUGUUCAUCAUUUUUUGAAAAUUUCAGGAUUUAGUGUAUAAAAACAAUUUUAUCAUUUGGAAAAACGAUAUUCUUGUCUUUAAAGGAAAACUUUUUUUCUCUUCUCCGGCAUGUCAGUAUAUUAGGAAAAUAUUACAGCGCAAUUAUGAUUUAAAGUAAGGGAGCUCACUUAGGUGGUCAAUAAGGACCUUUUCAAAAAACAUUUCUGAGCAUAUAUAGCUCAUUUCAGUUUUAUUUUUUCCAUCAUUUUUUGAAAAUUCCAAGAUUUAGUGAACAAAAACAAUUUUCUCUUUUUGAAAAAUCGAUCAGUUAAAUUCUUGUCUCCAUCAGGCAGAUGAUGGCAUGUUUAUACAAAUACAAAAAUUUUUUUGGACAUUACAGCACAAUUUAUUUCAACGAAAAUGCCAAAUUAGUAAAUGCAACUUUUCAACAUGUCGACAACCUAUGAUUAUUUUCUAUUUCUGUCAAAAUAUUUAAAUUCAGAUUUACAAACUCCUAGUGAUAUUAUUUUGUAAUUUAUUGUUAUAAAAAUGAGAACACAUUUAUUUCAUCAAUUAAAUUGAUAAUAAUUGUGGAAUAAUAUUUAUCAAAUUCAAAUAUAUCAAAUUAUAUUAUUAGUAAAAAUGUUUUCCCAUUAAAUACAGUCCAUUAUAUAUAUUGUGUCGAUACUUUUCUUUUGUUAAAUUGAUGUAGUGUUUAUUUUCUUAUUUUUGUGAUCACAAAAUUUAAAUCGUUAUUUCUUUUUUUUUGUAUUAAUUUUUUAUGCUUUAAUAAUCUAUUAAUAGUGACAUCGUAUUUGAAUAAUAAUUGUUUUAUAUUUAUAUCCGUUAUUUUAUUUUUAGUAACACUGGUGCAGACGCGUAUCAUGAAAUGUAAUUAGAAAUGUGUCACUACGGUUCAAUAAUUUUUUGAACAUUGUACUUUUCUUUAUUAAUAAAUCUACCUCUAAUAAAAAUAUAUUAAUCCAU